CAUAGUAAUGACCUAGAAAGUAGGUUUUAAACCAUAAGGAUGACUGCAUUGGAAGAUGGCAGUGUGAAUCGGGAGAAGACGUGCCCCUUGUUGUUAAGAAUGUUUUGUAGUACAAAGAAACACAAUAACGUUCUGGAAUAUUCAAGAGGUCGUACACCACUCAAUGAGCUCCAAGUAUAUACGUGGCUUGAUGCAACAUUAAGGGAGCUGGCAUCACUAGUAAAACAAGUCAAUCCAGAAUCACGUAGAAAAGGCACACUGUUCGAUUUUGCACUGGUUUUUCCAGAUCAUCGUUCACCAAUGUACAGAAUGCGUGAAUUGGGUACAGUAUGCUCUGGUUGUCCAUCAGACACUGAUCGUAUUAUGUUAAAGGAUGUUCAAUUUACAAUUGGUGAUAUGAUCGAUGUUGCGAUUACACUUCCUCACCCGUCAGCGAUUGAUGUCCAUAAUACAACUAUUACUACUACUAAUAAUAAUGCCUAUAUGUUUAAAGAUACACCCUUAUCAUCAUUGGAGCCGCCAAAUCGUCGUGCUAUUAAACCAUCCUUACAACAACAACAACAACAACAGCCAGUUAUGCUUAAAAAUCGUCGUUCAGAUGAAAAAUAUUAUGAUCAUUCUGAUCAAUACCGUCGUCGACAAAUGGAUAUUAUUGAUAAUGGCGAUGUCACAACAUUAAAAAGUCGAGAUCAUCUCAGCCGUGGUGGAGGUGGUGAUAAAGAGUCACGAGAUUAUGAUAAAAGGUUGUAUGAUAAACUGUCAACCGGUGAAGAACGUAGUACUAGCGGUAGUAGUAGUUACAAAGUAAACGGUCGAAGAGUUGUACCAUAUUAAAUCUUUUUCUUCAAUGUUUUUUUUUUUGAAAAAUAAACUCUC